AAUUAACACACGAAUUAAAUUAAUCCAACGGUUCAGAUUUCACGUUUUCUCACUAAUCAUUUCAUUUAUUAUAACACGAUGUUGUUAUAACAACACAACGCAAGAACAGAAAUCUCUCUCUCUCGUUUCUUUCUCUCUUUUUCGGGGACGAAUCUGGUAACAUUUUUCUGUUUGAGGACUUUUCUGCAAAUUCAAAAAGUUUAAAACGACGCAGUUUCGAUUGAAAAACUUUCCUUAAGAAGAAGAAGAAGAAGAGAAAAAGCUUCAGUUUGGGUUUCAAUGGAGAGAAAUUUCUUGAGUCUGAGCUUUCAGAAUGGUUCGUUGAGUGUGAAAGAGGAGGAAUCAUCCGCUACUGCUUCUGCUACUAAUGAUUCCAAAUCUUCAGCACCAGAAAAAUUUUCAGGGAUGCAGUGGUCAUUUUCAAAUAAGGUCUCUGCUCUUCCUCAAUUCUUGUCUUUCAAGGCUCCUCAAGACAGUAAUAAUAGACAAAUAAUAAGAAAGACAGUUAAUGAAAGUAGUCCAAUUCAGAAAAAUUUCACUCAAGAGAAACAAACAGGAGGAGUAAUUCAAUAUGGGAUGACUGUUUAUGAUCCUGUGCAGCAUUUUGAUCAUUCUCAAGAAAUGAAGAUAUUUCCUUUAUCAUCAAAUCAACCAAAUAAUCAAACAUUAAUGUCUGUUUCCUCUGCUAAAAACAUGGUUUCUUCUACUAUGAAACCACAGUCUUUUGGAGGUGUACCAGUUAUAUCCCCUUUAUCUGUUCUUCCUUCUGGUAGUUCUGUAGUUGGCACCACUGAUCUGAGGAAUGCACCCAAGUCCUCUAGUGCACCUGCUCAGUUGACCAUAUUUUAUGGAGGAUCUGUCAGUGUAUAUGAUGAUAUAUCUCCUGAAAAGGCGCAAGCUAUUAUGUUACUGGCUGGAAAUGGUUCUUCGCUUUCUCAGAGUAAACCACCCACUGCAAUGGCUCAAGGGGAGGCAUCAUCAACACCGAGGCCUUCGACGGCUGAUGGUUUCAUUAGGAACUGGUCUCAUAUUCCAUCUUCAUUUACAGGCAUUCCGGGUUCCAUUUCUGUUACCAUGCACCCUGAUACUCAGGGUUGUGGAGGAGCUAAUAACACCAAUGGAUUAUCAAUGGUGAAGCCAAUGGGAGCUUCAACUUCUUCGAGUAACCGUUUGGAGCCUCCUAAAGUAGUCAGCUCAGUAGGUCCUGCCACAACAAAUGUGAUUCCAGCUUCUUCGGUCGCAGUCCCCGUCCCUCAGGCACGUAAAGCAUCCUUGGCUAGGUUCUUAGAAAAGCGUAAGGAGAGGGUGAUAAACACAUCUCCAUAUAACAUCACCAACAAAUCUUCAGACUGUGGUACCCCUGUUUCUGAUGUUACGAGUUUCUCGAUCAACUCUAGUAGUUCCUCGCCAGUGUCAGCCAUAAACUGACCCUUUAGGCAUGCCCCCCGAGAGGCUAUGGGGGCAUGAAAAGAAGGGUUAGAGAGAAUGGAAGAAGCUGUUCGGGGGAGGCGUCGUCAUUAACAUGUAUUUUUGUUUUAAAUUGUAAGAUCAAUUCUUUUGACCUUAUAUGGUCUAUAGAUAAAUCUUAUAGAUAUGUAAUGUAGCUUUUUUCUUUUUCUUUUGGUUUUGGUUUUGAUUGUUAGCCUAAGUCUUUCUAUCAAAUAGUACCAAAAAACAAAUGCAUUUUGUAACAUUCUAUUACUUUUCUUCUAUAAUACAUUGUAAAGUAUCAUUUUUGCAUCA